AUGACUUCGAUAGGUCGCAUCGCGUGUAUCGUCUUUCCAUAUGCCGUCACGGUCGGUGCUUUGAUAUCACUCAUCUUUGUCGGCAUCGGCAGCACGAAUUCAAACUCAUCAACCAAAACCGAUUUAUAUUUCUUCAGAGCCGACCUGAGCAACCUAACCAGCGCAGGAGGCAGCUCCCUCGCCAACGAAGCUGCAAGCGCACUCGGCGACCUCACAAACUUCGGCAGCUCCUGCUUCGAAGCCGCUCUCGCCGAAGCUCUCGCCAAAAACCACAUUCGGGACUUCUACGACAUCGGUCUUUGGGGAUACUGUGCUGGGAACAAGACCAGUUCCGGAAAAUUCGAAGCCGAGUUUGCAUUUGAUCCUGUCAGUGUUUGGGGGUUGAAUAAUACCGGUAGCUCCAAGGAUGUUGAGGAUAUCUUGCCCAGUAAUCUUCAUAAAGCCCUAAAUACCUAUAAAGCGGUCUCGAAAUGGAUUUUUAUCGCUUAUAUUAUCGCUUUUGGCGUUACUGCGCUCGAGUUGAUUGUGGGCCUUUUCGCUAUCUGCAGUCGAUUGGGUAGUUUGGUGACCAGCAUUAUAUCCGGAGUCGCAUUUUUCUUCACUGCUGCCGCCUCGAUUACUGCUACCGCCAUGUUUGCCGUUUUCACAGGAACUUUCAACACUGCCUUGAAACAGUACGGUAUGCACGGAUCAAUGGGACAUAACAUCUACGUCGCUACAUGGAUUGCCACCGCGUUCGCAUUCUGUGGGACAUUGUUCUGGCUGUUUAGCUCUUGUUGCUGCGCCGCGCGUUCGCCGUACCAUGGUGGACGGGCUGGUCGAAGCCGCGUCAUGGCUGAGAAGGCUCCUUAUACAUACGAGCGUGUUAGCAGUCCGUACGGUGGUGCACCUGCUGGUCCUGCUGCGCCUUACUCGGGUCAGCACAAUGUUCCUAUGCAGACAUUCCGUCAAGAUGCGUAUGAGCCGUUCCGUCAUGUUUAGACUGGUCGAUAUUUCAGGUCGAUAUCUUAUGACUUAACGAAGGGGGAGUCGUCUAUGACUUAUGCGGUUUCGGGGAUGAUGUUUAUUACUUAUCUACGAUUGAUAAGUUCGAUACCCAAUGAUUUGUUUACAAG